AUGCGGUUCUUUAUUGCCACUAUUGCCGUCGCUUUCGCCUCUCUGGCCGCUGCUAUGCCCACUGAGUCUGGCAUCCAGGAGCAGGGGGAUACCGCCGUCCGCUACCCCGUCCCCGACGACAUGACCGUCAAGCAGGCUCAGUCCAAGUGCGGUAACCAGGCUCAGCUCUCUUGCUGUAACAGGGCUACCUACGCCCAUGACACCACGAAUGUCAACAAGGGUCUUGGUUCUGGUCUUCUGUCCCACCUGGUCGGUACUGGCUCCGGGGCUGAGGGUGUCGGUAUCUUCCGCCAGUGCUCCAAGCUGGAUGUUCAGGUCGACGUUGUUCUUAUCCCUCUUCAGGAUCUCAUCGGCCAGCGUUGCAAGCAGAACAUUGCUUGCUGUCAAAACUCCCCCGCCAGUUCUUCCACCGACCUGAUUGGCGCCGGACUGUCUUGUGUUGCUCUCGGCUCCAUCCUCUAA